GGCUCGUGCUGUGGGGAGAGUAUGGAGCACGCCUAGCUCUGCGCAGGCAGGCAGUGCGCGCGUGUGUUAUGAAGCGCGGGAGGAGUGGUCUCUGUUGCCCAUGCCUGGCCGCUUGGCUCGCUGCCCCCCCCGGGAGCGGGGGAUUCAUACAUUUUUUUCCCUAUAACUUAAAAGAAAAUGAGUGCAUCUAGUGUUGCAGGAAAAGUGGAAACCUGGCUUUCUUCUACGUGGCAUGUUAAAGUUCCUCUGACUUGGCUAGAAGCUUGUAUUAACUGGAUCCAACAAGAAAAUGGUUGUAAUUUAACUCAAGCUCAGAUUAACAAACAGGUAUUUGAGCAGUGGCUUCUUACAGAUCUGAGAGAUUUGGACUAUCCUGUUUUGCCUAACUGCAUCUUAGAUGGUCCAAAAGGAGAACUGAAUGGCUUUUAUUCCAUACAGAUUGAUUCACUGGUGGAUGUUAGCCAGCCUGCGUAUUCCCAGUUGCAAAAGAUAAGAGGAAAAAAUACUGUAAAUGAAGAAGUAACAGCCAACACUCAGGCAACCCAAAAGUCCUGGGAAGCAAAGCCUACUCGAAUGCUGAUGCUGCAGCUAACUGAUGGAAUACAUCAAAUUCAGGGUAUGGAAUACCAACCCGUUCCUGUCCUCCAUAGUAAUCUUCCACCAGGUACAAAAAUUACAAUACAGGGUAAGACUGCAUAUCGUCUUGGAGUUCUUUUGCUAAAAUCAGAAAAUGUGAAAUUGUUGGGGGGCGAAGUAGAUGCUCUUUUAGAAGAGUAUGCUCAGGAAAGAGUCCUUGCCAGAUUAAUUGGAGAAGCUGAGAACCCUAAUCCUGUCAAGCAGCAUGAUCAUAAACAAGGAAUUUUAGGAGCGGUUGAUGAACUAGGACAAACUCUAGGACCUUCAGAUGAAGAGCUUCUAGCAAGUCUUGAUGAAAAUGACGAAUUUACCAUAAAUCAUGUGAUUCCUUUAGAAAGUGGAUAUUGUAGCAGAAGUAAUAACUCAGAUACAGCCACUCAUUUGCUCCUUUCAAGCAAUGAAAACUACUCACAACAGGGAUUUGGGAUCUUCUUGCCUGGGGCAAAUGAAGAACAAAGUGUUCCAGCUGUGGCAUAUGUUGAUGGAGAUUUAGAUGACCUCUCAUUGGAAGAUGACUUGUUUUUAGAAGAAGAGAUCCAAGAAGAAAUUCAGACAGUGCAGUUACCGGUGGUAAACAAAACCAUAGAUAUAAUUACACAAAGACUUUCACAUAUGCCUAGAUCUUCACUAAGUUACACAUCUGAAAAAGAUGGCAGGGUUCAGUUGGAUUCAGUUAGCAAAGAAAAAUCCUGUGGGAGUGAACUGUCUGUUGGUGAUGAAAGUAGUACAAGUAAUUUUUCACUACACCAUAAUGUACAACACUCCCAGAGCUUUAGCAAUUUCUCCUCCUUGGAAAAUGUUCUUGAACAGAAGUGUAAUAAAAUAGAUGUAGUUAAGAGCAGUCAAAAAAAUUGUAGUUUUUCUGGCAGCAGAUUGUUAAACAAAAGACCAGUUAAAAAAACUGAUUCAGAGAUAAACAAACAAAAUUAUUGUGUACAAACCUUUUCUUACAGAACAACAGAGAAAUGCAAAAGUCUUGAGUUAGAUUCCCCACCUUUUACAUAUAUUUCUGUUCUACUUGCAAAUACCCCAGAAACUGUUACAACAGUGAAAGUUAAAGCUUUUAUUGUAACCCUUACUGGAAAUCUCACAAGCUGCAGUGGCUUCUGGAGUAUAAUGGCAAAAAUCUCUGACGGUACCGCUUAUCUAGAGGUAGACAUUGCUGAUGAAAUUCUAACAAGCUUAAUUGGAUUUUCAGUGCCUGAAAUGAAACAGUUAAGGAAAGAUCCCAUUCUACAUCAAAAGCUUAAGAAUGGUUUACAGAAAUGCCAAAGAGAACUGAUAGAUCUUUGUUGUUUGAUGACUAUUGAAUUUAACCCCUUUCAAUCUAAAGCAACAGUACUAAUUUUACAAGAUGUUGAUGCAGUAGAUCUAGAAAACUUGAAGAAACGUUUAGAUAAAUAAUUGGAGGAAAAAGUCUAUAGAAAGUAGUCUCAGGAAAUAUAUAAUUCAAGGUAUAGCAAAUAAGUAUUGAGAACUCCAUUAAGAAGUCCAGUGGUUUGUGUUUGUUUUUCUUAACUGCAGGGAGGGAUGGUGGAGGGGAAUAUCCAUUCUUUAAGGGAAACUAUUUGAAUAAAAAUUACAAAUAAAUUUGUUUUGAUAAAAUGUUCAUGUAUCUAAUUAUUUUUACAAAAGCCACCUUGCUCCUAAUCAGGGAGCUGAGGAAUACCAGUUUCUUAUCUGAAAGGAUAUCGAGUGCUGAUCAGCUGAUCCUUACAUUUUUUCAGUGGUGUUACCAUUAGAAAUAGGGUCACUGCUAAGAAGUUUUAUACAACGGAGUACUAUCCAGUCCUGAAAGUAAAUAUAAUCAAAUUAUUUGCUUUCAUCACAAGGCACUAAACCUUUGUAAGAUACAGAAGUUUCCUAUAUUAUGACAUACUAUCAGGACAAACCUCAGAGGAUUUGUAACUCAAAUUUGUAUGUAGUGCAUGAGAACCUGAAAGUGAAUAGAAAUGGUUUAUGAUCAAACGUCAAACAGACAAUUUUAUUCUUAUUGUCCAGAAUGAGAAACAAAGACUAACCAACUGGAAUAAAUAACUUUACACUUCUGAAAAUCUCAGUAUUUUAAAAAAUACUGGGUGGUGUCUAUCAUAUAAGUAAGCAGAUUUGUUUAUUUUAACCUGACAAUGCCACUGAUCAAUAUAAUAGUACAACAAGAUUGAACCUCAUUAACAUAAAUUUCUUCUCUCCAAAUUAGUUAUUUACCUUAAUAACAGUUGCUUUUCUAGUCUUUGUGCUAUUUAGUCAAAGGUUUUUCAUGUUACUGAAAUGUUUCAUGUCAAUUUGGUUAUUAUAUUUAUUAAAAUCUCACUUUGUACUGUCUUAUGACUCACAGAAAGGUCCAAUUUGGAAAUUCUGAUAGAGUGAAUGGAUUCAGAGAUGAACAUUUUUAAUAUUACUGAAUCAUACAUAAAAAUUAAAAUAUCAGAUGACUAAGUAUGAUUUUUUUUCUAAGAAGUUUUAAAGGUGACCUUUAA